GCUGCCAGUGUGAGGAUGGAGAUCUCUGUGAGUUUUACGCUGUUGCUGCUGCUCGGCGCCGUCGUCCCAAGUGAAAAUGUUGAAAGCCAGCAGCCUUUUCCUCAAGACAUCUACGCUGCACUGAAAGAGAUGACCGCUUCGUUGGUUCAACUGAAGGCGGACAUGACGCUGUUGCAAAGAGAGACUCAAGAACAAGCAGCACUGCUGAACACUGUUGUGGACAAGCUGAAUCAACAACCGAAAGUCCAACAGGUUGCAUUCUCAGCUGCUUUGCUGAGUGGAGGCCAAUUAGCAACUAUUGGACCCUUUCCCAUGGACACUCUUCUGAUCUUCAAACACGUUAUCACCAACAUCGGAAAUGCCUACAACUCAAACACAGGUCUGUUCACUGCCCCGGUGAGAGGAGCGUACAACUUUGAGUGGUGGCUCGCUGUAAAUGUCAACAUCGGCCGCGCUGCAGGUGCUGUCUUGUUCAAGAACUCAGAGAAGAUUUUCAUGUCAUGGGGGCAACACGGUGUUUCUAAUGGUGCCACACUGUUGCUGGAGGUGGGAGACAUUGUGUUCAUGCCAACACACACAGGAACUUGUUACUUCCUGGUAGCAGAGAGGGAAAUAUAUCACUGUAAUCACAAACAAUGA